UAUUUCUUUCACACUGUAGACUUAACGUCACGUCCGUACUUGAACUUGAAUUUUAUCCCACUGUACAGAGGCAACCCUAGCCACACACACGCGGAGAGCUCCCGGAGACACAGGACUCCGCCAUCUUCACAUGUAAAGAAAGGAAAAGAGCCAGCACGUCCUGUUUCAUCUGAAAAAGAUGGGCAGUCCCUGUCCCCAGUCUCUUUAGUGCCAAACAAGGGGGGCACGCGCCAAGGGUUGGCAUUCCACGCGCCAGUGCCAAAACAGACUGAGGCACUCAUCAAUUGCCAAACGCGAACGUCGAAGAGGACAUGAUUUUCACGUUAUUUUCAAACAAUUAAUUUUUUAUUUUUUGGAAGAAAUUCUGACCGUCACAACCAGAGCCACGGACUGGACAGAGGCAUUGACUGAGUUCCCCUGUUGUCAGUGCGCCGCUAAGGGCAUCUCAUUUUAAUCGCUGAGAGGAAGCGCAGAUACCUAACUGUGGUCUUUUUACCACUGCCACUCACCGGAGUGAAACACUGGGGGUGUUUCCGUGCGUUUUGUUCCUGGAAAGUCACUCUUUAUCAGAUGGUCGUACUUUUUGGAGGUGAGGCCGGGCUAACCAAGGUCCGGUCAGCAAGAGGACAAGCGUGGACAUAGACGCUUGGCACAGGGCACUGCCGUAGAAAGGAAGCCCAUCAAACCUGAUUUCUCCGACUGGCCACCCAAGAAGAGCUCACUGCCAGUUUCGAGGAGGUCCAGAGAAAAGUUUGGGAAGGGAGUGCAAAAAAGAAAAAGAAAACGGGGAACCAAGCCGAUUCGUCCAACUGCAGGUCUCCGCGCGAUGCGAGUGUAAAUGCUGGGGCAAUGUCCCGUCGCAAGCAGGGAAAUCCACAGCACUUGACACUGUCACCCAGAGAGAGGAUAAAGCCGGAAGUGGACAAUGUGGUGGAUGGCGGGCACGCCCUGGACCCCACGCCUCCAAGCUCCGUGCAGGGGCUGGGGGAGCACGACCUGCUCACCUGCGGACAGUGCCAGACCAACUUCCCUCUGGGAGACAUCCUGGUGUUCAUCGAGCACAAGAAGUCCCUGUGCCAGGGCCUGAACGGGGGCUCUGGCUGCUACGACAAGAUGGGCAAGCGGCGCAGCGGCCCCCACUCGCCCCCACGCCUCCCGCUCCACAGGGGGGAGGAGCCAGUGGAGGUGGGGAUCCAGGUGACACCCGAGGAGGAUGAGGUUGACAGACGGAGAUCGCAGACUCCUGCAAGAGGAGUCUGUCCCAAGCAGGAGAGAGUUCCAGCAGGUGGAGAUGAGCCAUCCAGCUACAUCUGCACCACGUGCAAGCAGCACUUCUCCAGUGCCUGGUUUCUCCUCCAGCACGCUCAGAACACACACGGGUUCAGAAUCUACCUGGAGCCCAAUGCCUCCAGAUGCUCCCUAAGUCCUCGCAUCACCCUCCCUCCCCCCAUGGGGAUGGAGUCCAUACCCCAGCCCCCCCUGGCUGGGUUCCUGGGAGACAGCAACCCAUUCCACCUCCUCCGGAUGGCCGCUCCCAUGCUCCGGGAGCCGUCGGGAUUCUUGGAGGGCCGCCUGGGCCCGGGCACGCCCCCCUUCUUGUCCCCGCCCCCACGCCCCCACAUGGAGCGGCUGAGUGCCGAGGAGCUGGGCCUCAUGUCCCAGCACCCCAGCGCCUUCGAGAGGGUGAUGCGGCUCAACCCCAUGGCCACCAUGGAGUCCCAGUCCAUGGACUUCUCCCGUCGGCUCCGGGAGCUGGCGGGAAACACCUGCCCCGCCCCCCCGCCACCCCUGUCGCCGGGGCGCUCAAACCCCCUGCACCGGCUGCUCAACCCGGUCCUCUUCCAGCCGGGGCCCCGCCCCCCGUUCCUCAGCACCCCGCCGCCCCUCCCGCCGCCUCCGCCCGCCCCCACCGUCGCCUCUCCGCCGCCCCCUACUGCCAAGUCCAAGUCCUGCGAGUUCUGUGGGAAGACCUUCAAGUUCCAGAGCAACCUGAUCGUGCACCGGCGGAGCCACACGGGCGAGAAGCCCUACAAGUGCCACCUGUGCGACCACGCCUGCUCCCAGGCCAGCAAGCUCAAGCGCCACAUGAAGACCCACCUGCACCCGCGCAAGGGCCCCGAGUCCCUCACGGGCCCCUCUGAGGACGGGCUCUCCGCCACCAGCUCCCCUGAGCCGGGCACCAGCGACCUGCAGGAGGAGGGCGGCACCCAGGGCCAGGCGGGACGUCUGCGCGCGGCCGCGGGCGUUGGCCCCGAGAACGAGGAGGAAGAGGAAGAGGAGGAGGAAGAAGAAGAGGAGGAGGAGGAGGAGGAGGAAGAGGAGCCUGAGAACGAGAGCAGGCCCGAGUCGGGAUUCAGCAUGGAGUCCGAGUUCUGCCGCGCCCGGGAGAACGGGCCUAAGGCCGUCCCGGACGAGAGGGGCGUCCCUGCGGGGAAGGGGGACCAGGAGAGCGCAGGCCUGGGGGUCGCCUCGCACAGGUACCCCGGCCUGAUCUUGGAUGACAGGAGGAAGCCGCCGCCGCCGCCCUUACCCAAGCGGGACCGGGAGGGGGAGGGCAGGCGCGACGCGGGGGACGAGGACCCGGCGACAGGCCGGGGGGAGGGCCGGGCGGAGCCGGCAGUCCUGAACGGCCGGGACUGCAGCUCGGGGGACUCCUUCACGGGCCUGUUCCACCGCCGCCCCGCUCCCGUCUCCAGCCCCAGCCUCUCCGCCUCGUCCGCCAAGAAGAUCAAGCUGGAGGGCGAGCUGGACCUGCCGCCGGUCCCGCUCAUCCCCUCCGAGAACGUGUACUCCCAGUGGCUGGUGGGCUACGCCGCGUCUCGCCACUUCCUCAAGGACCCCUUCCUGGGGUUCGGCGCCUCGCGACAGUCCCCCUUCGCCACGUCCUCCGAGCACUCGUCGGAAAACGGCAGCCUCCGCUUCUCCACGCCCCCCGGCGACGCGCUGGACGGGGCCUUCUCGGGCCGCAGCGGGACGGCCAGCGGGGGCAGCACCCCGCACCUGCGGGCGGGGCCCGGGCCGGGCCGGCCCAGCUCCAAGGAGGGCCGGCGCAGCGACUGCUGCGAGUACUGCGGCAAGGUGUUCAAGAACUGCAGCAACCUGACGGUGCACCGGCGCAGCCACACCGGCGAGCGGCCCUACAAGUGCGAGCUCUGCAACUACGCCUGCGCCCAGAGCAGCAAGCUGACGCGCCACAUGAAGACCCACGGGCAGUACGGCAAGGAGGUGUACCGCUGCGACAUCUGCCACAUGCCCUUCAGCGUCUACAGCACCCUGGAGAAACACAUGAAGAAGUGGCACGGGGAGCAUCUACUGCCCAGCGAGGUCAAACUGGAACACGCAGAGAGGAGCUGAGCGCACUCUCCCUCUCUCUGCACAAAGCUGUCUGCUCACUUAUUUCAGUAAACAGAGGGAAUGGGGGGUAGCUGGACAAGCAAUCUUUUUUCCAAAAUGUUGUUUUUGUUUUGUUUUUGUCUUUUUUGGGGGGGGG